GACCACGAACUCAGCGAUAACGGCCCCACACUUCUAGUCAAGGUCGCGCCGCCCAAAGUUUCCCAGGCCCGCGCACCAUAGCCCGAGGAUUCCAGCCCUCAAAUCCCUGGCUCUAUGGGGUUCCCGCGAUGUGUGCAGGAAUGCGAGCUGAACGUCUGGCCCCGAAACGACUUAGUUCUCACUCACGUUUCUCAGUUGCUGUUGCUGCUGCUGCUGCUGCUCCAUCACGCCACCGGCGCAUGCCCUACGCCACUUCCGUUUAGCUUCUCGGUGCCGCCCCGGAAGUAACCUCUCGCUGCUCUCGAGAACUAGCUCGAGUAUCGCCCUGCCCCGGCUGCGACGUCACCUCCGCCCUUAUAAUCUGCGACGUGGCCGGCUUCUUCUGCCCGGAGAGGACGUCACUUCCGCCGAAUCCCUGACCUGCUGCUAGGAUCGCGACGGGAACUGGAGCCCGAGGUCCCCGCGCGGCCCGGGCCUGGCGCCCUGAGGGGAAGAGCGGCCCGGCCCGAGGGUGCUGGGGUGGAGAGUUUUACUCCAAUACCUUUCCUAGCCAUGACGGACGGGAUCCUAGGGAAGGCAGCCACAAUGGAGAUCCCUAUCCACGGGAACGGCGAAGCCAGGCAGCUUCCUGAAGAUGAUGGGCUGGAGCAGGACCUCCAGCAGGUGAUGGUGUCAGGACCCAACCUCAAUGAAACCAGCAUUGUGUCUGGUGGCUAUGGGGGCUCUGGUGAUGGACUCAUCCCCACAGGGUCUGGCCGCCAUCCAUCUCACAGCACCACUCCUGCUGGCCCUGGAGAUGAGGUGGCUCGGGGCAUUGCUGGAGAAAAGUUUGACAUCGUCAAGAAAUGGGGCAUCAACACCUAUAAGUGCACAAAGCAACUGUUAUCAGAACGAUUUGGUCGAGGCUCACGGACUGUGGACCUGGAGCUUGAGCUGCAAAUUGAGUUGCUGCGUGAGACGAAGCGCAAGUAUGAGAGUGUCCUGCAGCUGGGCCGGGCACUGACAGCCCACCUCUACAGCCUGCUGCAGACCCAGCAUGCACUGGGUGAUGCCUUUGCUGACCUCAGCCAGAAGUCCCCAGAGCUUCAGGAGGAAUUUGGCUACAAUGCAGAGACACAGAAACUACUAUGCAAGAAUGGGGAAACGCUGCUAGGAGCUGUGAACUUCUUUGUCUCUAGCAUCAACACAUUGGUCACCAAGACCAUGGAAGACACGCUUAUGACUGUGAAACAGUAUGAGGCUGCCAGGCUGGAAUAUGAUGCCUACCGAACAGACUUAGAGGAGCUGAGUCUAGGCCCCCGGGAUGCAGGGACACGUGGUCGACUCGAGAGUGCCCAGGCCACUUUCCAGGCCCAUCGGGACAAGUAUGAGAAGCUGCGGGGAGAUGUGGCCAUCAAGCUGAAGUUCCUGGAAGAAAACAAGAUCAAGGUGAUGCACAAGCAGCUGCUGCUCUUCCACAAUGCCGUGUCCGCCUACUUUGCUGGGAACCAGAAACAGCUGGAGCAGACCCUGCAGCAGUUCAACAUCAAGCUGCGGCCUCCAGGAGCUGAGAAACCCUCCUGGCUAGAGGAGCAGUGAGCUGCUCCCAGCUCAACUUGGCUAUCAAGAAGGACAUUGGGAAGGGCAGCCCCAGGGUGUGGGAGAUUGGACAUGGUACAUCCCUUGUCACUUGCCCUCUGGCUUUGGCUCCUUUUUCUGGCUGGGGCCUGACAGCAGUUUUGCCCACAUUGCUAUGGUGGGAAGAGGGCCUGGAGGCCCAGAAGCUGCUGCCCUGUCUAUCUUCCUGGCCACAGGGCUUCAUUCCCAGAUCUUUUCCUUCCACUCCACAGCCAACGGCUAUGACAAAACCACUCCCUGGCCAAUGGCAUCACUCUUCAGGCUGGGGUGUGCCCCCUGACCAAUGACAGAGCCUGAAAAUGCCCUGUCAGCCAAUGGCAGCUCUUCUCGGACUCCCCUGGGCCAAUGAUGUUGCGUCUAAUACCCUUUGUCUCUCCUCUAUGCGUGCCCAUUGCAGAGAAGGGGACUGGGACCAAAGGGGUGGGGAUAAUGGGGAGUCCCAUUGCUGGCCUUGCAUCUGAAUAGGCCUACCCUCACCCACCCACCCAGUUUAAUUGUGCUUAGAGCCCAAGAAGAUUGGGAUCUAGCACUAGGAAUAAACGUUUCAUAAAAGCAG